AUGGGUGGAAAACAAUCCAAAAAGCAAACGUCAACAGAACUCACCGACAAACAUAUUGCACUACUCAAAGCAAAUACUAAAUACGAUGAAAAAGCGAUUCGCGAUUGGCAUGCAAGUUUCAUUCGUGAUUGUCCCACUGGUCGUCUUGAUAAAAAGAAAUUUGUUGAAGUCUAUCAACAGUUUUAUCCAACGGGAAAGCCUGAUAAAUAUUGCAAAUACGCUUUCGAAACGUUUGAUGCCAAUAAUGAUGGUUCAAUUGAUUUUGAAGAGUUCCUUCUAGCCAUUGCUGCCUCUGGUCAAGGUGAUCUUAACGAUCGUCUUGGUGUUGCAUUUGAUUUAUACGAUGUCUCAAACGAUGGUACCAUCGAUCAAAAGGAAUUAAGUAACUUAAUCAUCGCUACGUACGAUCUUGUCGGUGAAACCGAUCGUAAAGGUGAUAAAGAUCCAAAGAAACGUGCAGCAGACAUUAUUGCUCAACUUGAUACAGCUGGCGAUAAGAAGAUAACGCGAGCAGAAUUUAUCGCUGGAUUGAAAGCUGAUCCAGUUCUUCGUCAAUUACUCGCUCCAAAUGCUUAA